UGGCUGCGCCCAUAUGUUUAUCGCGUAUACUGGUGUUUACGUUUUAUUAUUAUACAAAAUAAAGCUUCUAUUUGAACUAAAAGCUUUAUUUCUUCUUAGAAACGUCAUAUUGAAAAUGGGUUUGAGAGAUCGCUUUUAUUUGUCUGGUCGUUUUGAUGAGGCUGACAGUAAAAUUGAAAUUACUAUAGAAACCUACAUUUGCUUGUUUGUGUAUACUUAUUGCGAUUUAGACGUAGAGUUAUGCAUUGUAGAUGCUGAUGAUACAUACCAGUGUUUUGUACCGGUAUGUGCUUUAAAUAAUAUCAAAUAUGAGUAUAUCAAAACAAAACUAGCAGAGGAGCAAGAUUUUAACUUUGCAUUUCCUGCAAUCCAAACAGAGCAAGGAAAGACUGUUAUAGCUGGAUUGUGUGCUGUUUUAAGAUGGGCUAUAAAAGCUCAUAUUGCAGUUCAUCCAGAUCAUUAUUCAAAAGCUCUUCUGGGCUUCCGAGGUGGUUGUCUAGUAGCGUGUGCAGAAAGCUCUGUUUGGACAAAAUUUUGCGAAUUGCAAUUACCUAAUUCAGUAAGGGAAGUCUCAUCUCUCAUCAAGUGUGGGAAUGCACUUUCAUAUGUUCCAGAUAAUUUGGCACUUUUGGAAGCACAUUUAAAGCGACCUGUUAGAACACAUAAUAUUUUGAAAAGAAAAUUAGACAUUGCAAAAAAAGUAAAUAAUAGUUCUAAAGAAGACAAAAACAUUGCUGCAAAUAAAUCUGAACAACUGAAUUUUGUAAUAUAUGAUAAUAAUUCAACUCCUGUGCCAAGUGGUGACAUUUCUGAGAAACUUAAAAACCUUGUCAUUACUGAAAAAAGCCAAGACUUUUGUCUUGAUCAUUGUUAUUUAGAAGGAAUUGAUUUUACUUUAGCUGAUAUGAUUGUCUUUCCAUGUCUUCACUAUUUCUUGAAUACUCUUCCAUCCCAAAGCUGGAUUCAUUUGGCAAAUGUAAUUAAAUGGCAUGAAAGAAUGCUGUCUGAUACGUAUGUUAAACAAGCAGCAGAGAAAUGUGGUUUGUCCAUUACUGGUUGCAAAACUGAAUUAUCAAGUACUGGAGGUAUUAUAUUUCCUCAAAUAGACCAGACAAGUUUAUAUAAAAGGGAUCCUUCACAAAAUAAAAUAAAAUGUAAGCAUCAAAGUCCAGAUAGAAUAUUGUCUCUUUUGCAACAAGCUACCAUUAAUCCUAAAUAUAGCAGCAACUACUGCACAAAGUUGGAAUGGGAUAGUUUACCAGCUGAACUUCAUCCUGCUAAUGGUGAUCUACCAGAAAAACGAGUGUCAAGAAAGUGCCAACAAAUUGAAAGCAUAGUUACUGCUGUUCUGAAAGUGGCUCUGCCAACUCAAACUAUCGUUGAAUUUUGUGCAGGUGGAGGGCAUGUUGGAUUGCUUUUGGCUUAUUAUCUACCAAGUUGUAAGGUCAUUUUGAUUGAAAAUAAAGAAUCAUCAAUGCAGCGAGCAAAAUCAAGAGCUGAAGCGUUAAAUUUGAAAAAUAUAGCCUUUUUUCAGUGCAAUUUAGAUUAUUUCAAAGGAUCAUUCGAUAUGGGAGUAUCUUUGCAUGCUUGUGGAGUUGCCACUGACCUUGUCAUUCAGCAGUGUAUAAAGAACAAAGCAUCAUUUGUGUGCUGUCCUUGCUGUUAUGGUGGUGUUCAAAACACUCAUUUGCUCAGUUAUCCAUUAAGUAAAAAAUUUUGCAGCACAGGCUUAUCUUAUAAGGAUUACACACUUUUGGCACAUUUUGCAGAUCGCACUGAAGUUAAUACACCUACUGCUGAACAAGGUGAAUUAUGUAUGGGUUUAAUAGAUACUGAUCGUGCUUUAUAUGCAGAAGAAAGUGGUUAUAAAGCUGAACUUACAACUUUACAGCCCAUUACAUGCUCACCAAAGCAUAAUUUACUAAUUGGUAUAUCACCAUUAUGGACUAAACAUUUAAGUUAAUAAAAUUUUAAUUUUAUA